CCGCAUUGUGGGUGCAUCUUCGUUAUUGAGAUGCUGCUUCGGGCUUUUAAUAUCGUCUUGGAACCGAGUAUUGCCUAGUUGUUCUUAUCUUAUGCACGAGGACAAAUAUCCUUCUUCCGUCGUUACUUCAAGUUUCAUCAUCGUCUCGUGUCCUCACAACGAAUUGAAACUGCUCAAACUAUCCACACAGUUGCAAGACGUCUGCAAUCUGCGAAAUGUCUUCAUCAACAAACCAAUCAGCUUCUGCAGCACAGCCUUUGCCACAGAAAGUGACAAGGAACCAGUCUGAGAAGCCUCCUGAACUCAAACCUCGCAUCGCUUUCUACAUAUUUGCCUGCGCCAACAUCACAGCUGCCAUAUUCUCUCCCAUCCAGGAUUGCGACGAGGUCUUCAACUACUGGGAACCAACGCACUACCUAAACCACCAAUAUGGCCUGCAGACAUGGGAGUACUCGCCCGAGUACGCAAUCCGGAGCUGGGCCUACAGUGGCAUACACUCACUCAUCAUCUGGCUUGGACUCUUCCCAUUCCGCAUGCUCUUCAUUGUCAGUUCCAAAACGGUGGAGUUCUACUUCCUCCGCGUAAUCCUCGCGCUUGUGUGUACACUGUGCCAGACACGCUUUUACUCGGUCAUAUCUCGGACCAUUAACGAGAGGGUGGCCGUGUACUUCAUGUUUGCUCUCGUCUUUAGUCCAGGCAUGUAUCAUGCUGCGCCCGCGUAUCUCCCGUCCAGCUUCGCCAUGUAUACGACGAUGUUGGGCUUCUCGGCCUUUAUGGACUGGAGAGGAGGUCUCAAGACCGCUCAGGGCAUCAUGUGGUUCGCCAUUGGAAGCUCACUUGGAUGGCCGUUUGCAGGCGCUCUGGUGUUGCCGUUUGUUGCCGAGGAAUUGAUUCUAGCAGUCGCAUCUGGCGAAAUCUCACAAUGCUUCCGACGACUUCUGGAUGGCGCAGUCAGAUCCUUCAUUAUUUUGGCUGCACAAACAGGUAUCGACUCGUUCUUCUACAAAAAACUCACCUGUGUACCGUUGAACAUAGUCCUGUACAACGUCUUCAGUGGUGGCAGCAAAGGGCCGAACAUCUACGGCGUGGAGCCAUGGCACUUUUACAUCCGCAACCUCGCUCUCAACUUCAACAUCUGGUUCUUCCUUGCUCUCGGUGCCCUGCCCUUGCUUCUGCUGCAGCACCUCGUCGUCCAAAAGUCCGUCUCCAAGCAGACCAUACUCCGUAACGUGGUGUUUUCCGGUCCCUUCUACCUCUGGCUUGGGAUCUUCACACUGCAGCCCCACAAAGAGGAACGCUUCAUGUACCCCGCGUACCCAGCACUGGCACUGAAUGCAGCCAUAUCUCUGCACAUUUUGCUUGGGAACUUUGGCUCGGCCGACCCUCGCCACCUCGUCAGCAAGAUCCCCCCGAUGGUCAAACUCGUCAUUGUCAUGCUCCCACUGCUGGCGUCCUUUAACGUGGGAAUGCUGCGCACAAUCGGCACACUCACUGGUUACGCAGCUCCCCUGAACGUGUACACACCUUUGUCCCAAUCAGGUGUCACCAGCCCUGGAGACAAAGUAUGUCUGGGCAAGGAAUGGUAUCGCUUCCCCUCGUCAUACCAUCUACCAGACGGGGUGCAUGCCAAGUUCAUCAAAAGCGAUUUCUCCGGCCUGCUCCCCGGCGAGUUCAGCGAAGACAAGACCAACCCCGGACUAUUUCCCGGCACAUGGCUUGUCCCCGCUGGUAUGAACGACGAGAACCAGGAGGAUAUGGGGAAAUACGUCGAUAUCAAGCAGUGCGACUUCCUUGUCGACUCGCGCCUCCCUGGAUCCUCGCCGUCGGAGCUUGAGCCAGAUUAUAUCGCAGAUACGAAGACAUGGGAGACGCUGAAAUGCGUGCCCUUUCUCGACGCCAGUCAGACGCAUAUACUCGGGCGCCUGAUCUGGAUUCCUAACUCGCCGCUUAUUCCGGUACGGUAUAGGAGGCAGUGGGGCGAUUACUGUCUACUCAGACGUAAAGCGUAGUUGAGGAUGCUCAGUACGAUCAGUGAAUGAUGGCUAGUGAUGUUCAAUUGGUGUUGGAAUGGUAAUGCUCCAUACAGGCGGAUGCGGACUGUGACCAUCACACUAUCACGUCUUUGCAGCAGAACCAUACGCGUUGGAAAUAUUUUCUCUGUCGCCUCAACAAUAAGACACUCAGCUGCUUGAGAUGGACGCACAUCAGAUAGCACAUUGUUCCCGUAGACUAGUCCUCACCGCCGUCCCACUAGCACUACUAUACACCGGUAGACGGCUGUCAACAUUGAAUACAGUAUCCCCACAUUGUAGUCUACCCGGUCAACAACACUCGUCAUCGCUACCGGUGUACUUGAACCAAAUAUACACACACAACCCAGUUGG